ACUUCCCUUCCGGAAGCUCUGUCACCUUUCAGUGCAGUAAACAGCCCAGAGUGAAAGUGAUCAGCCUGUGUGUGUUUGUGUUUGUGUAUGUGUGUGUGUUCAUCCAGCUUCUGAGCUCUUUCUCCAGGGAGUCUCAGCACCAUGUUGGCCCUCAUUAACCGGCUCCUGGACUGGUUCCGCUCGCUCUUCUGGAAGGAGGAGAUGGAGCUCACCCUCGUCGGCUUGCAGUACUCCGGAAAAACCACCUUCGUCAACGUGAUAGCGUCGGGUCAGUUCAGUGAGGACAUGAUCCCCACGGUGGGCUUUAACAUGAGGAAGGUCACCAAAGGCAACGUCACAAUAAAGAUUUGGGAUAUAGGAGGACAGCCUCGCUUCAGGAGCAUGUGGGAGCGAUACUGCAGAGGAGUCAACGCUAUAGUGUACAUGGUGGACGCCGCUGACCGCGACAAGAUCGAGCCGUCCAGAAACGAACUGCACAAUUUGUUAGACAAACCUCAGCUUCAAGGCAUUCCUGUUCUCGUUUUGGGAAACAAGAGAGACCUCCCCAACGCGCUGGAUGAGAAGCAGCUCAUUGAGAAAAUGAACUUGGCAGCGAUACAGGACAGAGAAAUCUGCUGCUAUUCUGUCUCAUGUAAAGAGAAGGACAAUAUAGACAUCACACUGCAGUGGCUUAUUCAGCACUCAAAGUCCCGGAGGAGCUGAGAGGAGAAGCCGGCGUCCUGCGUCCCACCCCGCAGCCAAAGCCCCAGCCUGCCCCCCCAAGAGCCAAAACCUGGUCUGAACACAGCUCCAAACCCCAGAUCUCUACCCAGAAUCAGCCUCUGGCCCUGCUUUGAGCUAGCGUAAAAGCCAUUUUAAAUGUGUUGGGUUUUUUAGGCCAAAAACAGUCCUGUGUAUCGUUUCUUGGACCCCAUUUCCUGGCUCAAAGCACAACACAGCCUCUCUCUCUUUGUUUAUUUGUUGAUUGACUCUCUCUCUCUCUCUCUCUCUCUCUCUCUCUCUCUCUCUCUCUGUGAUUCAGGGCCCUGUUCUCUCAUGACGAAAAGCAAAACACACACCUUUCCGGUCAGAGUGCACUCUUGUCAGAGCCUCGAUUCAAUCAACACGUCAGCAGAUGCUUUUCUGUCUGUGGGCCAUUUAAAAAAAAAAAAAAAAAAAAAAAAAAAGAAGCUAUUUUAUGUCAAACACUUAAAGUGAUGGAGCAUUAAUAUGUAGGACGACGACCAUAUUUUAAUCUGUGGAGCAUUACGGUCAUUGAGAAGCAGUCGACCACACGUUUAGCGCUUAUUUGAAGCUAAAGAUAUGGGAUAAGGUCGUCUAAAAAUAUCCAAGUGGCCAUGAUAGCAGAGACUUCUGCACUACAACUCAGCACAGAGCAACAAAUGGUGUGAACCAGUGGGGUGUUAAGGUAUUUCGCUUUGGGUUUUGAAUGUGUCACGUAUUCAGCCAACUUUAUUCCAACAGCAACAGCUCAUAUUCUCAUCGCACAUAUAGCUAGAGAUAUGGUCUUCAUUUAAAGCUUCUAUUUGCAUUUUUUUUCUGGCCCAGAAAUUAUUUCCUUUCACAUAAAUGGCACAUCAUAAGGUCUUGCCAUCUCGUCAGUAUUUUCCUUGCAGUUGCAGUUCACCUUUUGAGUAUCAGACGACUUUAUGAAAUUACAAACUGCCACUUUAAAUUUGCACGAAAUGAAUUUCCUAAAUGCCGAUUCCAUUUUUAUUUCGGUUUAUAAACAUUGAAGGAGAUCGUUUCUUUUGAGUCUUCAACAUCUGCAAUGAUGUGGACUCAGAGACCUUUGUCUGCAUAUUUAUCCUUAAAAUCACAUAGAAUCUGAGCGUAGCUCAAUCACACUAACUACUGCAUGGUUAAAAAAACCAAAAACAAAUAUUAAUACUAGUAAUCAUCUAUAAAUGUGCCUUGAUAAUCCUUCUUUCACUACAGCACUCUUAAGCAGAGAAACACGUCAUGUCUUUGACUGAUUUAAGGUUUAAUGAUUUGCAAUGUUUCUAUCUAUCUAUCUAUCUAUCUAGAUAUGUAUAUUAUAUAUAUAAUAUAAAUAACCAUUAUUGUUAUGUAAUUCUAAUAAUGUAGAUUGUGUAUGUAGCAAGAUUCAAUUAAAGGUACGGUUUGUAAUUUUAACAAGUGUUACCAAAACCUAUUUUAAUUGUAUAAUUUCGUUAAUAUUUAAAAAAAAUAUAUAUUCACAAUAUUACCAUGCAGUGGAUCGCUUGUUUCAUCUUGUAAAGCUUUUUGUAUACAUUUUUCUGGCCUAGAAAUAAGACCAAGCAAAUGUAGUUUCAGCAGAAAGAUGGGGUUGUAACCCCCGCUUGCAUGAAAAGGUAAUAAACGGUUCUAAAAAAAUGACAGGCUGCUCCUUUAAAAAUGUCCAGCGACAUGUCAUAUUUGAGAACAUUGUGCUUCUUUUCAUUUGGUUGUUUUUUGGCUCUAAAAUGAUCUAAUUUAUAAGAGAGGGUUGAUGGUAGAGAGCUGAAGUGUGCAAAAUGAUUACUUUCUACAAAGCACAGUGCUUUUCCAUGGUAGAACAGGACCCUCUAUCUUAUUUUCUCUUUCUCACUCUUCUGUAAAUGCAUGUGUGAUCUCUUUCUCUCUCAUUUCUCACACUUAUCUUAAUCUCCAACGUGACACUAUAACCCUUUGCCAAGUCUCACGCCGCUCUUCCCAGUGCACCAUCGUCUCAGCUCCUUCACCUUUUGGACACUUUCAGUGGAACGUUCACUCUCAUCCUGAAACACUACUGCACACAAGCUUCUCAACUCUGGACCGGUUCCUCUCCAUCACCAACACGUCCACCAUCCAAAAAGUGCUGUUACGUGUCCAAAAGAGAGUGUCCAUCUGUCCUCGCCCUGCCAGUCUGUGUGACUCUGUCACGUGUCUGUAUGUGCUCUGGACUCGAUUGUGAAAAGGAAAAAAAAUGCUUGCCAAAAUGAUCAUAUUCUCAGCCUCUAUAGUGCAAUGAAAGCUUGAAUUGUGACACAAUUAAAGUGAGAGUUUGGUGGAAAAAAUGGACACAGUUUUCUCUGUUUACCUGCAAAAAGGCUUUGAAAGUAAUGUAGCUAAUAAAUACAGACAAACAUAUAGAAUUCAGUUGAGGUCCUAUUGUCUCUAAAGAUGGACGACAAAGAAAUGAAAAAAAAAAAAACAAUGCUGGAGUCAGUAUCUUCCUCAGAUUGAUCAGACUUUAUUUAUUUUAUCACUCUGCAAGCAAGUUUUUGUUUUUGUUUUAUUGGACAUUAGAAGUAAUUUGAAUGGUAAUUAGGUAAGGUAGUCGUAUAAUAGUAAAGAUCUUUUUUUUUUUGUUUUUAAUUUUUUUAUGGGGAAUUGGAGAUUAGAAGUGAUUAGGAUUUUAAUACAGUUCAAGUUUUUAUUUAAAUUUUUUUUAAUAAAUUUAUUUUAAUUUUACAUGUUUUGGGACACUGGUUUUUGUGUUGGAGGGAAAAGAUAAAAUUGUGUCCAUUUCAUUUUCCUUUAAGAACAGGUCAGUUCCAGUCUGUAUGGUCUUUAGUUUGCUAAUUGUACAUUAAGGAGUUGACACAGAGAAAGUGACAUGCUGAUCAUUGUUCUCUGCAGAAAUUUAAGUGCCUUCUGCGACCAUUCCAGCUUUUGCAUCCAAGCCAUGCUUUUAAAAUCCUAAUAGAACAGGUUGGAAUGCUAGUUUGUAGGAUGCUUUAAAAACAAGUUUCAAUGUAAUGAGAGAGUUUCUACAGUGGUGGAUUUUGUAAAGAGUGUUGGGCGAAACGUGUAAGUUGUGCUUUCCGUAAAUGAAUUACAUCUUCAUGAUGACCAUCAGUGGUUCCUGAUCUCAGAGAAGACAGCGUUGUACUUGAUGCAGAUCCAUGCUUGAUGCAGAUCCAUGCAUCUAUGCCACUGGAGGAUUCUUGGUGCCUUGAAAGUGGUCAUUUGCAGGUUGUAAUAAUGCCAUUUCCCCCUUUGCUCCGCAGAAGCGUGUCUUCUGUUUGCUCUGUCGUAAUGCUUUAAGUGCACUUUGACACAGGCCUGAGUGGCUACUGGUUCUAUUCUCCUUUAGUGAACUUCAAACAUUCAUUCAAUAUUUUGGCCUGAAAUUGCAGCACAGCAGCAACAGCAGACAAUAGCAUGUACCUUAGGAACAACCUAGGGUAGCAUUAGCAACAAGCUAACCAGCUAAUGUAAGUGUUAAGUCUAACGUUGACGAUUACUUUCUCAGAACAGUGAUUAGUAUGGACAGUGUAAUAGAUUUAACCAAGUACUGUGUCUGCAUAUUUACAAUUUCACCUCAAACUCAGCAUUAGAAGCGAUAUCUAAAAGUAUAACACAGCCUUAGUAAUUUCCCAGUCCUAAGAGAUCACUUGGGGCUUGAUGAUUCAAAUGAGUUGUAAUAUAUUGGAGAAACAUGACAUUGGGAACCACUGAUGCAGGUCCUGCUUAACACUAAUCGUGAUCACUCUGCGACUGUUCUUAUUUUUCCAUGCUUGCUUGCAUUUAAUGUGCUUUUAUAACUUUUAUUUAGUGGCACUUGGAAGUUGAGGUGUGUACAAGAAAUCCAAAGGAAGUCUGUCCAAUCCUGCCUGCUCCCAAAGAAAUUCUGAUCAAUGCUAACUGCUCCCAAAGGAAUUCUCACCAAUCCUGCCCAUUCCCAAAGGAAUUCUCACCAAUCCUGCCCAUUCCCAAAGGAAUUCUCACCAAUCCUGCCCACUCCCGAAGGAAUUCUCACCAAUCCUGCCCACUCCCAAAGGAAUUCUCACCAAUCCUGCCCAUUCCCGAAGGAAUUCUCACCAAUCCUGCCCUUUCCCGAAGGAAUUCUCACCAAUCCUGCCCAUUCCCGAAGGAAUUCUCACCAAUCCUGCCCACUCCCGAAGGAAUUCUCACCAAUCCUGCCCACUCCCAAGAGUAUUCUGACUAAUCCCACCUGACCCCCAAAGAAAAUCUGACCAGUCCUGCCAACUCCUGUAGAAAUUCUGACCAAUGCUGCUCACUCCUGAAGGAGUUUUGAUCAAUCACUCCCCCACAACACAAAGGAAGUCUGACCAAUCCUCUCCACUCUCAAAGGAAGUCUGACCUAUAUUGCCCAUUCACAAGGGAAUUCUAAACAGUCCUGCCCACUCCUAAGGGUAUUCUGGCCAAUCCCACCUAUUCCUGAGGGUAUUCUGGCCAAUCCCACCCACUCCUGAGGGUAUUCUGGCCAUUCCCACUCGACCCUAAAGAAAGUCUUACCAAUCCUGUCUGUUCAUUUUUUUCCCCAGAAUAUAAACAGAUUAGUAAUUUAAACCACAGUGAAGCUAACCAAGAUACAGCAGCUACUAAGGUUGAAUGAUGGAAUGCUGUAAAUGACCACCUAAUGCGCUCUCAUGUUAAUGAACAUGGGCUUUUUUCUCUUGCGUACUUCAUAUCUGACCUCUCGCCUGAAAGUAAAAUCUUUUUUGCUAGUUCCUAUGGGAUCCUAUUCCUGACUCAUACCUCUAGAUCACUAGAGGAUUAAAAAAAACUGUUUAUUCAACACGAGUGGUAGAAUUUUGUCCUUCGACGUACUGUAGUUCCACUUACAGGAGUUGAUCUACACAGCAACACUAUCCGAAGGCGCAUAAUGUCAUAAGAUGUUCAUAACUUCUUGUUCAUGGUUCCUACGUGGAGUUUAUGAAUGCUAAUGCACUUGUUUGUGUAUGCGCACACACACACACACACACACACACACACACACACACACACACACACAUACAUACAUACAUAAAGAUAUAUAUAUAUAUAUAUAUAUAUAUAUAUAUAUAUAUAUACAUAUAUAUAUAUAUAUAUAUAUAUAUAUAUAUAUAUAUAUAUAUAUAUAUAUAUAAUACACACACAAAAAUAAGAGUGACUGAUGUGUGCAUUAUAUAGAUUUUAUGAAGUGAAAUUAGCACCGGUUGACCGGCAACAACAUCUCCGGACCACUUCUUAUAAUUCAACAUGCUUGUGUAAAUAUGCAUAAAUAAUUCCUACGUGGCUGAUUGUUACCAGUGUUGUUUGUAGCACGCUGAACGAGUUUCCUCUUGCUUCCUCAGGCAGAGUAGUUCAUCCGUGUUAGAGCUGUGCCAUUUUACAAGUAACCUGUGUAUCUGACCAUAACUAAGCUCACUGCACAAAGUAACCACUUGUUUCAGAGCUGUAAAGAUGUACGAACUUGGAUUAUUUUGAUCUAGAUUGAUCAUUUGUCCUAUUUGUAUGAUUGUGCAUUAAAAGUGUGUAGUCUCUGAUUUGAAA